CUGCUAGACUUGCUGAGCCAAGAGGCUGUCUGUUUGCACGGCCGCUGAUCAUGUCCCUCAGACUGCUGCCUGCUAUCGUGAUGGAAAACGACGAAGAUGAUGAUGGGAACUUCACUAACUGGAUGAGUAGUUACUGGGGUCACGGAUCAGAUUCUGGACAUUCCAGAGAAAGGAAACGCAGUUUCAGACGGCCUUCGAAAACACAAGUUGAUCGGAGAGCAUCACUCCCCACUGUGACACAGUUAGAUGCCAUGAAGCUGAACAGGAUCCACACAGCGUCCAAGGCGGCCAUUCCUAAAAGGAGGGAGGAGAAGGGGGAGGUAAGGCCCCAUCAGAGGGUACAUAGGAUCUCCUCGGAUGAAAGCAACACGGCUAUCCCAGAGAGCCGCAUCACACCCAUUCCAGAGAUCACAGAGUCCUUCCAGAGAAGGCUGUGCCUCAAUGAAAAGAGAACCAUGUCACUGAGCGAUAAAGACAAGGUGUUCCUGAAUUGUCAUGAAGAUCUGUGUAAAAGUGGAGAGAGACUUCAAGAACUACAGUGCACACAUCGCUUCCACAAAGAGUGCAUGGAGCAGUGGCUGUGGAUGAGACAGACAUGCCCAACAUGCCGUGUCCACAUCUCGGUGAUGAGGCCUCUCUACUGUACUUCGUCUCGUACCACUGUCCCAUGAGGAUGUAAUGCCUGCAUCUUACCUCCAGCACAUUGCAAUUACCCCUUCCAGUGCAUGACAACCCUGUUCUAGACCUUCUUCAUGUCUUAGAACAACAAGGACCUUCCAGGAGAAAUACAGACAGACUUUAUCACAUACAACCAAUUACUGAGCUCUGAGAAGACAA